CUCUGAAUAGGCAGUUUAUACAAGAUAGUAUGAUGAUAUCAUCUACGAUACCGCCGAUAGCUAAGCGGAGGGCAUGCGUUGUCUGCACGGCGGCCAAGGCAAAAUGCACUCCGCAAACCGCGAACCUCUGCCAACGAUGUGCGCGGCUAGGCAAGGCAUGCACAUACCUUAACAUGCCACAGACGAAGCGGCGGCAUAAGAAUGGUCAAAAGCGUAUCGAAGAGCUGGAAGCGAAAGUCCACCAACUCACUUCAGAGCUAGCUCGGUUUACGCAGAUGAACAAUCAGACCUCCUCAAGCGUUUCAAAAUCAGUUCAGAGUCAAAAUAUAGCUCACAGUAGUGAACCUGAUCCUCCAGGUGAUGCUGAUCUUCUGGUCGUUGCCGAAUACAGCUCCCACGGCGUCGAGCCGUCUACGACUUCUGCUUUGGCGCACCAGGCAUCUAUCGUGGACCAAGGAUUGAUAACCAGAGAGGAAGCGAAAUACUUAGUAGAUGAGUUCUGCACCAAUUUUGUGCCCAAAUUUCCAUUUGCAGUUCUUUCACGCAACGAGACGGCGGCUCACCUCAAAGACAAAGCACCAUUCCUCCUACUAUGUAUUGUGGGCGUGGUAAUGCAUACCGAGCACCAUGCGCGAAAGACUAUCAUGGAGGAAAUCAUGAAGCAUAUCAGUGUACGGGUUGUCACACAUUCGGAGAGAAGUUUGAUGCUACUCCGCGGUCUUUUAAUUCAUUGCGCGUGGUACCGGUAUCCGGCGCUCAAAAACCAUCCUCAGUUAUUGCUCCUUGUUCAGCUCUGCGUGUCUAUGGUGUACGACUUAGGCCUGCACAAGAAGUGUGAACUGAAGGAUGACGAGAAACGGGCUUUGCUAGGUACCUAUUGGUUAUCUGUAGGGAUUUUCAGCGGACUGGGAAGGCCCGCUGUCAUGAAGCACAACUCGAGAAUUGAUUCUUGUAUUGAACAAAUGUCGAAUUCUACAGAACAUGCAUCGGACCGCUGGCUUGUAUCAAUUGUUCAGUUGCAGUCCUUCCUAGCAAGAAUAGAUGAAAGUUACGAGGCAAUAAAGGGCUCCAGAGGUGGAACAAUGCUUGUUAUAGCUACACGUAACUCGCUUCAGCGACAAUUACAGAGCAUAACGGCCUCUAUAGAGCAAGUGCUUGCCAGUUGGCCAACCCCCACAGGUAUCCUUUGUUAAAUCCUUUUUUUUUCUGAUUAUCACUGACAAGACUAUAGUAAACGCAACACUUUCUGGGAUACAAUUUAUGGAAAUGCGAUUGGAAGAACUAUCGCUGCAAAAUGACCUCUGGCUUGAGAGAGGUUUGACAAGCUCAAUACGGAUGACCAUGUUGGUCAACCUGAUUCAGAGAAGUAAAGACCUCAUACAGGGUGUCAAUUCUCUACCUCACAAAGAGGUCACUUAUAUAACAGUAGCUACACUGAGUCACCUGUGCUUCGCCGUUGGUACAAUGGCCACAGCUGUGCUAACACUGAUCAAGCUCAUUGCAGGUCAGGCGUGUGAGAAUCCGCCGAGUUUGUCAUCAAGGGUUGAAACACAAUCGAUUAUCGAUUCGGCAGACUACCCUAAUCUUGUCUUGCGUCUCGUACAAGUACUAGAGAUGAGACUGAAUGGCAUAUCUGAUGCUGACAGAGAAGUCGACAUGGUGGGGAGCCUCUGCCAUGGAAUGAGGUUGUUGGUGCGUUAUUUUCCAUACCGUGUCAGGAUGAUUAUUGAUCUUGACAUGCCUUUUGCUCCCUGUGGAUCCGAUAGCGUGUCAAACACCGCCGCUGAGAGAAAGAGCCUAGGUGAGGUUGCGACUCCACCACUAAUUGUGCCCUUCACAAAUGAUGGAUUUGACCAGUGUUGCUAAUAGUACAAACAAUACGUAUAUUGGCAAUAUGGGAACUUCGUAAUAAUAUUGUAUUGCCAAGCAGUACAUAUUGUAUCACGCAAUAUGGCGGUAGCGUGUAUUAUAUCAUACAAUAUGGCGGAGGCACAUAUUGUAUUGUAUUGCCAAUAUCACGAUAUAUUGUGUAUAUUACAUGUGAUCUUAAUCUACUAUAUAGCUGUCUUCUUGAAAGUCCUGUGCCCCAAACCACGACUUUAGACACUCCAAUGCUUCAAUUACAUCACUCCCAAGCCGAUUUCGGCGGUCUGUAAUAGUUAUCUUCGCCCCAGAGAAGAGCCGUUCUGGCUCUGCAGACAUCGCAGGAAUAGACAGUAUAUCUAUAGCCAUUUUGCUUAGGCUAGGGUAAUUUUUCUGCUGUGUGUCCUCUAACCACCAUGCAAGAGCGCUUGUAAAUCCAUAAACCCUCUCAGACUUACAAUAUCGCUCAUACUCAUCUGUGAUCAAUGAUGGCUGCAGAUGCUUAUUCCUCCAAUCGAGAAACUCGUUCGUAGUCGUUGACAUGACUUCACAUAGCUGAAGAGGUUAUUCCACGGGCUUGUAUUCGUCCCAUAGCGUCUCAAUAAGUUGUUUUGAAGACUCAGCCCACUCCUUCUUCCAGUUUUCAUGUAUAUAGUGCCACUUGUGUGAAGGGUGCAAAACAAUAGCUGCAACAUAGGCAGGCGAUUCAUCAGUAAGACAAUAAUACUUGUCCAACUUUGCCCAGCCCGAAUUAUACAUCGGGGCCAUGAUGGGAUCGUCUCUAUGGGUCUCCUUCCCCAAUUCAAAUUGUGCCAACAUAAAAUCCAUAGCUAAGAGAACAUUAUCAAGAGUUGCAAAUGAUGACUCAAGAGCUUUCGUUGUCAUCUUUAGCUUCUCUAGAAAACUCUUGAUUUUCCCGAGUAUAAUCCAAUCCUCUGAAGAGAGCUCAUCUCCAGCACAGUCCGGUUCAAUCCACUUGUUGAAAUACCCGUCGAUUGCAUCUCGAAGGCUCAACGCCGUGUGUAGCAUAGCAUACCAUGAACUCCAUCGUGUAUCAUUAUCCCGGGCUAGCCUAUGGUUAUGGCUGAUAGCAAGGAACUUUUGGCUGCGUUGAACACUUCGCUGGAUAUAUAUAACAAAGUUAUGUAUUUUACCAAGAGGACCCUUUUGACGCCAAGCUUCAAUUUGUUUUAGUGUUGUUUGGUGUAGAUUGGGAUCUUUGUAUUCGAGUUUCUCAUUAUCAGUAACAAAUAGAAAGGCUUUAACAGCAAGAUUGAUGAUAUGGCCCUGGCAGCGAAGUCGAUGGGCUUUAGGAUCGUAUCGGAUGUCGAAUUGGCGUAGAAGACCUAUAAAUAUUAGUACUAUUUGGCUAAGAGAGGGUAUAGGUCUUAUUAACCAAGAGAAAGUGAUUCCAUCAUAGUAUCGUUAUUGCCAGCAUUAUCCAUUACAAAAUAUCCAAGCUUUGAAGCAAAGCCCCUUUCCUCAAUCACUUCUAAAACAGCCGUAGCUAAGUGAGAACCGCUGUGUUCACCAUCGAUAUCUUUUAGAGCCAAGAUAUGGUGUUCAAGCUGCCCGUCUUCUGUAAUAUAGUGAGCAACCAUACCUAGAAUAGCUAAUGAGUUAGGCGAAGUCCAAAGAUCGCAGCUAAUAUGGAUCCUUGACUUUGCCGAUCGUAUGCGUUGUUUAAUCUUCUCCUUCUGGACUUCAUAUUGCCGCAUAAUCCAUUUUCUAAUAGUCUCAUGCUUGUCAGGAAGCCAGGUAUCGAUAUCGGCAUUAAGGUAAUUAAGCAAAGCUCGAAACUCUGGGCAUUCUACAAGACGAAAUGGGAGCGAGCAUGAGGUAAUAAAUCGUACAUAUAAUACUUCGAGUUGAUUUGGAUCCAUCGAAUCUCCGUAUUGGUUGUUAAGCCGACGACGUUUUCGUGGAUUCUCUUCAGCUGUAAGGCGAGCUUGUUCAAGAAUAGUUCGUAUAUUUGAGACCUUCGCAACCCGUGGCGAACCUUUGGAUAGACCAUGCCCAGUGGGGUGAGAGUCUGUGAGAUGCUUAGCCGGAGCCGCUGUCCUGCCUGAGCAAGAGUAUGCUUUGUCACAAUACUUGCACCGCCAUUCCUCUUUCCUGGUCCUUUGGUUGUAGUAUCGUGUCUCUACAUCCUCAUCAGGCAUGUGAGAGAAGAUCCAUGAUAGUCUCUGCUUCUUAAAGGAGAUUACAGAAGCUGUUACAGGCUGCGAUGAUUCGCAUAAUGAGGUUUGGGUCUCAUUUCGAUUAUCUGACAGCUGACUAGAUGUGUCUAAUACAUCAUCCGACAACGAUGAGGCUCUUUGCCGAGGCGUCUGAAAGGGGAUACGUUGUUGUAGCAUUCGGGUCAUGUUUACUCUUCUCUAGUAUAAUAGAAUAGUAGUUAUGAAAGGGUU